AUGUCAAGUAUACACUCAGGAAACAAAAACGGGCAUGGGUAUCAUACUAACCAGCAUGGUUCAAACCAGCAUGGAUACUAUCCCAGUAACUCAGGUGAUGAAGACAAUGGUGACAGUAGUGAUGGGUAUAGGAAGGUGUAUGGGAGUCCUAACAGAGAUGGGGCUGGGGAUCAGUAUUACUACAGAAAUCAUGGGUAUUGGGAUACUGGUUAUGGUGAGGGGGACUCCAGUAGUGAUGGUGGUGGUGGUGGUGGUGGAGGGAGAAAGAGUGUGGGAUCAACUGCUGAAACAGAAAGCCAACAAGAACAGGAGCUCCAGCAGCAUGCGGACCUGAAGCAUCUCCAACAGAAGGAGAAGACUCACACUGCACAGCAUGCCCAGAUGUAUGAUUACACCCAAGGGCAGUCGAAUGAAGACACCCUCACUGAUCUUGGCUUGAGCAAACAUAAACCACAGUCUGAAUCCGAAGGUGAAGUUGGUAAAUCCAUCAUAGUAGAUGUAGCACCCACUGAGCCUCCCCCAAUGUCAACAGCCCCAGCCACCACAGAGCCUGCCCUGGCAAGAAAUGAGCAUAUAGAUUUGUCACAGCUAUCAGGUGAUGCCAGUGAGGAGGCCCCCUCUAAAUACCCCCCUCCUGUCCAUGAUGUCACCCCUGUUCAUGAUAUCCCUUACGCCCAUCAAUACCCCUCAGCCCAUGAAAUCCCCCCUACCCAUGAAGACCCCCCUGCCAGAAUACCACAACAUCAUAAAGUCGGAGGGAAGAAAGGCCAGUCAGGGGAGACCAGGCAGGAGUCUAAGUCACAAGAAAGUGAAGGGAAGCAUGCUAGUGAUGGUUUUUACCCACAGCAAAAUAACAGGCCAAGUGAAGAUCCCAACUCUCGGUACCACCACGUCAAACCACCUGUUGGUCACAGCUCAGGCAGCAAGUCUACUCCCCAUGACAACAGGGCACCUGCUGACAAAAUUGUCCUAUAUCCAGAAGCAGACCAGUACUACUUAGAUAGGGACAGGAAUAAGGAUAGUGAUCAGCCAACUCGCCAAGGGUCAUACCACAAUUACAAUGGUUAUAGAGACUAUGGGCUUUUUGAUAGUGACUACCCCUACAGAUCAAGAUAUGACAAUAGGUAUGAUGGCAGGUAUGGUCCAGUGAAAGAAGAUAAUAGAAAUGAUGAAGGCUAUGGCAGCUAUGGAAGAGAACAACAAGGAAAUCACCAAAAAUACAAAGGAAAAAAUACUUAUGAUGAAAAACUGUAUAAUAAUUAUGGAAGAUAUGGCAAAGUGAACUCAGAUGUUAGUGACAGCUACGUGGACCCCAAUGAUGCUGCUUUAGAGAAUUACAAAGUCCAUGGCACAGGGUUUGACUAUGACUAUGGUGGCUCCCAUGAUAAACAGACAAAUGCUGGAAAGGACAUAUGGGAGCACAAAGGUCUUGGGGAUUCAGGUUACUUUAGAAACUCCUUGUUUAAUGACCACGCUAAACCAGUCUACCAGUUCCCCUACAGAACAUGGCUUGAGGAAGAGAAUGCAGGAAAAGAGGAGAAGGAACCCACUCCAACUCCAGAGCCCAAGAAAGAAAACAAGGUUGAAGAUGCCAAAGAGGAGAAAGUGAAAGAUGAUAAAGAGGACACAGGUCCUACAGAAAUGCCCCAGAGAGUUGUUAAUGAUGGUGACAGCAAAGAGCAAGAAACUCCAGCAGUUACAGUUCCAACUUCGCCCAGUCCUGCGACCUCUGAGGAAGUGAAACCAGGAGACGAGUCGAGUUCAAAACAACCAGCAACAGAACACCAACCAGAUCAACCAUCCAACCAGGUGAUAACACCCAAUUCCUCAGUUGAUCUCCUGAAUCAGGUCACUGAGGAAGAAGAACAGGCUGCCUCCAGUAGGCAGGGACCCAUACUGGCACUGUCCUUGGGACUUACUGUUAUGGCAUUACUACUGCUCUUUGUUGGCUGUAAAUACAGGAAUAUGAAGAGAAAGCUACGGAGGGGAAAACCCCUGAACUCUAAUGAAGCUGAUUACUUGAUUAAUGGGAUGUACUUGUAAAUGUUUGGGUACAGUGUAAGGGCAUCUUCUUCAGCUGGUUUCACAUACUUCGUUUUUUUAUCGUUAUUAUUCUUUUAUAAAUGUUCUUGUAGAUAUUUCUUUUUCUGAUGUUUAAACAAUUUCUCACCACAAGUGAGAAUACAAUUUUUUUUUAACUGAGAACCGUCUUUGAGAAAGCACUAUGUAUUUUGGAACAAUUUAAAUUAAAAUAAUACCUCCCAAAUGCAGUGAUUGCUCAAGAGAGUGGUUACAAAAUAAGUCCCCAAGUAUUUGUCCAUCCUGAAGUGUUUGAUCAAUUUAAAUGGUUGCAAUUCCAGACUUUUUUAGGACUAUGUUGUGUUAUGUCUUUAGAGAUUUUAAUACUCCUUAUUGACAUCAAUGUUCUGAGUAAGUUUACAGUUUAAGUUAACAGGGUUUGAAUAAAUGGUCUUUUACUUCAACUAAUUGCCAGCUAACAGAUUAAGUGUUACACUGGUUUUGUAUAGAAGUUGCAAACUUUUAAUAAAUGAAUAGUAUUAGGACAGGAAAUAUGCAUCUUAUGUAUAUGUGUUAAUAUUUCAAACUAUGCUGUUCUGACACUUUCUGAUAGUUGAGGGUAAAACAGAAAUUUUCUUGCAAUAUUCAAGUUGGAGUUACUGAAAAGAAUACAGUUCCUUUUGGUCUACUUAAAUUUGGAAAAAGUGAAAUUUUCAUGAUAAUUAUUUUAUACAUGAACUGCUGCUUUUACAAGGAUUUGUAAAAGUUAAUUUUAAGGUCACAUGUUGAGAAAAUGCAUCAUUUUAUAUAUUGGUAUAAUUGAAACAUAAGGAAAUCCCUACUGUCAUCAAAGCAUUCCCAGCUUGCUGUGAUUAAAAUUACAUUUGUUUAUAUUCAUAAGAGGUCCACUUAUUUUAUUUUUUA